UUGAAAAAGAUUUUUCACUUUCGCGAUGGCACUGAAACCCAAAGGUUUCGAAUCUCUCGAUCUCUCUCUCACAAACAGAUGAGCGAUUGUUAUUAGAAGGUAUGGAGUCGAAGUUUGAUCGAACGGAUAAGAUUUGUUGUUGAAGCUGAACAAUUUCGAUUGAUCGGAGCUUUGUUUCAUCGUCUUUCAAUUUGAAUCGAUAGCAGAAAGCGAUUUGAUUUGGAGAAAUGCAGAGUAGGGGAUCGAAUAACCGGCUCUCUGGAAUGGCGUUUCGACCCCGAAUUUCAACUCUCAUGCUCUCCAUGUUCGCCACCAUUGCUUCCUUAUAUGUCGCCGGCCGUUUAUGGCAGGAUGCAGAGAACAGGGUUUAUUUGAUAAAAGAGCUUGAUAGAAUAACUGGGCAGGGGCUAUCUGCAAUGUCAAUGGAUGAUACCAUGAAAAUCAUAGCCUGCAGGGAACAACAGAAGAAAUUAUUGUCCCUUGAAAUGGAACUUGUAGCAGCUAGACAAGAGGGUUCUAUUUCGGAUAAUUUUUCGUAUACGAAAAGGUCGGCCUCUAAGAAAAGGCCACUGGUAGUGAUAGGAAUACUUACAAGGUUUGGCCGCAGAAAAAAUAGAGAUGCAAUCCGUAAGGCGUGGAUGGGAACUGGUGCAGUUUUGAAAAAGGUGGAGGAUCAAAAGGGUGUCAUUGCUCGAUUCGUUGUUGGAAGAAGCCCAAGUCGUGGGGACAGUUUGGACAUGGGCAUUGACAGUGAAAAUAGGCAGACCAAGGACUUCAUUAUUCUUGAAAGCCAUGUGGAGGGACCUGAGGAGCUUUCAAAGAAGACUAUGUUGUUCUUUGCUCAUGCUGCAGAUAACUGGGAUGCUGAAUAUUAUGCAAAAGUCAAUGACAAUGUUUACGUAAAUAUUGAUACCCUGGGAAAUGCUCUUGCAGCUCAUGUGGACAAGCCCCGUGUAUACAUUGGGUGUAUGAAAUCAGGCGAAGUUUUCUCUGAACGGAGUCACAAAUGGUAUGAACCCGAUUGGUGGAAAUUUGGGGAUGCUAAAAUGUACUUUUACCAUGCUUCAGGUGAGCUGUUUGUCAUAUCCCAAGCCUUAGCUAAAUUUAUUUCAAUAAACAGAUCUAUUCUUCGUACUUAUGCCCAUGAUGAUGUGAGUGUUGGAUCCUGGUUUAUUGGGCUAGAUGUCAAGCAUGUCAAUGAUGGAAAAUUUUGCUGUUCGUCGUGGUCGUCAGGAGCUAUCUGCGCGGGUGUAUAAUUUUAUUUGCUCCAAGAUCCCCAGAAGAAUAUUGCAAACCAGAGAGGCACAGAUGGUCCCUUUUGACAUGAAAUUAUGGCGCAACUGUUUAGCUGUCCAUUCAUGGAGAUUUGAUUUAGAGAUGAAGAAUACCAACCUCUGGUCAACAGUUGAUUUCACAUCCUGCAUUUCGUAGACAAAUGUAGUCAUAGAGUACAUCGGGAAAUUUUCUGCAAAUUGAAGAGCUGUAUGAUUUCUAACAAAUAAUGGUUUCGGAAUACAAGCAAACAAAACAAUAUUAGGAGUUGCUGUGAGCACCGGUGGUGGGUAGUCUUUUAGAUCUAUUACUUGGUUUGUCGCUGCCUUGUUAAUAGUAAUGGCAUUUUUUUUUUUUUGGGUAAAUAGUAGUGUAUUA